ACAGGCUCAGCCCUGAUCCCAUGGUGAGCUGGCAGCCCCUUUAACCUGGGAAGGGGGCACGGGGCACCGCCACAGGCUGCUCUCCCUUUGCCAUGCUGGCACCAUGCUGCCGGCAGCCCUGACUGCACUGCCAGGCCCCCCUCCCCACAGCUAUUUUUAUCACCCCCCCCCCAAACGUGUUUCUCACUGUCCUAUUUUAAGCGGUGCAGUUGGCGCACCAGGAACCCAGCGCCUGGCUCCCGGGGGCCCCGCGCUGCCUCGCUGCCCACUCACGCUGCCCGGGCACAGGGAGCCAUGCCCAGGGAGGCUGGAGAAGACAGCAUGGGAAGGGCUGAGGGGGCUGCGCCAGCAGAGCCUGGGGACCCUGACAGCAGCGAGCCUGGAGCCAUCAGCCUGCGCCCCGUGGAGUCCAUCAGCGACCUGCACUGGGCCUCCGGCGGGCACAAGGGCGCCGAGGGCAACGGCCCGGCUCCCUCCGGCAACCUGCACCCACCCCCGCCUCGGCCUGUGCCCUCCGGUCCCCCGCCGCUCCUGCCCACCCUGCGCCCCAUGCCUGCUGCCAGCCCCUGCCCCUGCCUCAGCCCCGGCCACCCCCUGGUCCUGGCCCUGCUGGGGCUCCUGGCGCUGGCGAGCCUGGUCCUGGCCACGCUGGCCAUCUACCUGAGUGUCCUGCAGAGCCAGUCGGUGCGUGCGCUGGUGCAGUGGCUGGAGAGCCAGGAGGACGCCGUGCGCCAGCUGCGGGCAGCCAGCAGGCAGCUCUGGGCUCACCUCAACGCCAGCGCUGAGCCCGGUGGGCACCACUGAGCUCUUCCUCUGCUCCCAGCCCCGCCACAGGCACCAGGCCACCAUAGGAAGGGACACCGGGCAAUCCUAGCACCCCCCCAUCCCACCUAGACCUGGCAGCAUCACCCCACGGGGUGGGGGGUAAUCCCAGCCCCAACCCCAGGCUGCGAGAGAAAGGGAUGGGGCUGCAAGGACUGGCACCCGCCCCAGUGACAGCCCUUCCUCUUCACAAGAAGGCAGAAGGCACCCUCCAAUUAGCCUUUUAAUUACCUCCUGUAAUCAAAGUCUUAGAAAAUCACCACCAUAGAUACAUUCCCAGGGCAGCAGGCAUUCCCAGCUGGCGCAGCCCCAUGCCUGCCUGGGCAGUGGCCCCCGAGGCUGCACGGGGACUCGCCUGCUGUGCCACCCCCCUGCAAUUAAUUUCCCACAAGAGGACUAUUUCAUAUAAAGCAUGUGGCCGGAAAAGGGCUCAGAGCGGGCAGCUGGCAGAGCUGGGCAGCGCUUGCCACCCCGCACCACUCUGCCACCACCCCUGGGUGCCAAAGCGGCUGUGGAGGCAGGGGCCAUGCUGAGGGCAGUGGGGGGAGCUGGGGGGUCGCUCCUGCUGCAGGCAUGGACCCCGGGGCCAGCUGCCCUCCCACCCAGCCCCUCAGGCUGCGCCAGGCCACCCCAGUGCCCCUGUGGGACCGGGGAGGGGGGACAUGAGUCCUGCAAAAGGGGCUGUGGGAGCCCUGUGAGACCCCCUCCCGCCGUGCCAUGCAGAGCCCCAGCCGCAGAGCAGGCACACAGCCGCACGCCACCAGCUCCCCCCGGCUCUUCUUUUGUCUUGCUUUUUUUUUUUUUUUUUGGUUAAAAAAAUAAAAGAGGGGGCAGCCCCCGGUGGGGCAGCUCCAGGCAUUAAA